CAGCUACUAGGCUUGAUUGCAUUCUACACUCAGCCUCCAUCCCUACUUCGACUCGCAUACCCAUUGAUUGAGCUCGCCCGCUGAAUUUACUUCCAACGAUGUCGGGGGAAAAGCGACCUGCGCAAGAAGCCUUUGGCUCAUCGAACCAGCUUGUCGUCAAGCGAAAGAAGUCCGACGCCGGUCUCAAUGAUAGCACAGCCAUCGUCCAGAGCUCGUCGCAAAAUGGAGCUCUGAUUCAAUCAGUUCCCCGCACCAGCGGGCUUCAAGCACCGAUUAUGGAAAUGAAUGGUCAUUCUGGUGAAAUCUUUUCGGUGCGGUUUGAUCCCACUGCUCAGCACAUUGCUUCGGGCUCAAUGGAUAGAUCUAUCUUGCUUUGGAACACAUACGGACAAUGCGAGAACUAUGGUGCGCUAUCAGGUCACCGGGGAGCAGUUCUUGAUCUUCAAUGGUCGCGCGACUCCAGAACGUUAUUUUCCGCAUCAGCCGACAUGACGCUCGCUAGUUGGGAUCUCGAGACCGGACAAAGGAUACGCCGGCACAUUGGGCACGAGGAGAUUAUCAAUUGUCUUGACAUAAGCAAAAGAGGCCAGGAAUUGCUGGUUAGCGCAAGUGACGACGGCUGCAUAGGCAUCUGGGAUCCCCGGCAAAAGGAUGCCAUCGAAUAUCUGGAAACCGAGUUGCCCAUCACGGCAGUGGCGCUUUCGGAGGCGGGUAACGAAAUCUACAGUGGUGGCAUUGAUAACACUAUUCAUGCUUGGGAUCUACGGAAGAAGGGCAUCGUCUACUCCAUGGCGGGACACACGGAAACCAUCACCUCGCUCGAAAUUUCUCCCGACUCGCAAACUCUUCUUUCCAACUCACACGACUCGACUGUACGCACGUGGGACAUCCGGCCAUUCGCACCGGCCAACCGACACGUCAGGACAUUUGACGGGGCGCCGGUCGGUCUGGAGAAGAACCUUAUCCGGGCUAGUUGGGACCCAAGUGGAGAGAAGAUUGCGGCGGGCAGCGGUGACAGAAGUGUCGUAGUCUGGAACUCGAAGUCCGGCAAAAUCCUAUACAAGCUCCCAGGACACAAGGGGACCGUUAAUGACGUCCGGUUCUCACCAAACAAUGAGCCCAUCAUUGUCUCGGGAUCGUCCGAUAGAACGCUCAUGCUCGGUGAACUUGGCAAGUGAGGGGAAGCGCAUGUGCAGCACACCCACUCAGCCAACACAAUCGCGAGUUUAAUCCGUCUCAUUACGAACAGCAUUUAUCUAUGACAACAGAUUCCGGGUCCCCGCUCCAUCAAGUUGAGCUAGACUUGUGGCGAAUAGUGAUGGCAAGAGAACCUUCCAGCAUCAACCUUGCUUGCCGGUUGAAAUGUGUCAACCAAGGCUGGUAGAUUAGCCAUUCUGGGUAGACCGGGGAGAACGGCCGGCCGCAUGACGGGGUAAUGGUUACCACCAUUAUUUGAAUACCUCCCGUGGAGCGCAG